CGCUGAGCGCAGGGGGGGGCUUUUGUUGGAGCCGUGGAGACACACAGCACAGGCUGGAAUUAAAUAUAUGGCAGACAGAUUUCCCCCCGGUCUGCAAAACCCCGCAGAUAAACACAGGAACAGAGGGAAAAGCGGGAACGGCGGAGCGGGGCCUGUCCCGAUCCCACAGCCUGCAGCUUUCCCAGCGUGGAGACCCGGAGCGCGGACUGAGCUAGCCCCGCUUACCGCCAGCCGAAUAGCGCUGUAGAAACAAACGCUGUUUAUUCAGCUUGUUUACCCUUUGUGUGCUUAUAUAUACACAUAUAUACAUAUAUAUAUCGGUGUAAAGAUUUGUUAUAUAUGUGUAUAUAGUGAUAUUUACGUUCACUGCCUCUGGAGUCACGUUAUUUCGCUGUAUUUGUUUAGGAUGGAACACGCUGAAGACCCUGUAAGAAAAAGGGAAACUUAAAGGAUGCUGGAGCAGAACAAUGGAUUUCUCCUUCUCUUUCAUGCAAGGGAUCAUGGGAAACACAAUUCAGCAACCCCCUCAGCUCAUUGACUCGGCCAACAUCAGACAGGAGGACGUAUACGAUGCCAUCAGUGAACCAGGGGACGAGGGCGGACCCCCCACGUACGAAUCUCCGCUGGAGUCCGGUUUCUCCUACCCUCCUGAAGACCUGCCCGUGGUCGCCAACGGCUACCCGACGGGGAUCGGCACUUACGAGCACCAGGCCAAGUUCGCCCUGUACUCGCAGUACCCCAACGGCUCGGCCAAUGGCUACGGUGCCAUCCGCAACUACAGUGACCACGGCCUGCUGCUCGGCGAGGGAACCGUGCUGAGAACGCCGGUGGUCCAGGAGAAGCCGUCAUCACACAUCUCCUCUCCUCCACCUCCAGCUCACUCCCACCUUCAUCACCAGCCUCAUCCUGCUCACACUCACCCUCACCAUCAGCACCAACAGCAGCACCAUCAGCAUCAGCAGCACCAUCACCCGCCCAACCCGCAGCUCAUACCUCAGCAGCACCACCACCACCACCCUCCUCAUCCUCCUGCCCAGUCCUCGCACCUCCUUCCUUCUGUUUUCCCUCCUCCGCCUCCUCUGCUCCUCCCCACCUCUCCUCCCCCUCAACCCGUCCACAACACCAACGCCGCCGCCUCCCACCCCCUCGCACACCACUCCGCCGUUGUCACCCCGAGAAAGACGGAAAAAAGCUCCCCAGAAAUCAAGAUCAAAAUCAUCAAGACGUACCAGAACGGCCGGGAGCUGUUUGAGUCAUCGCUGUGCGGGGACCUGCUACAGGAGUUCCAGGCCAACCAGACGUCCCCCAGGAGGCACGAGCAGAAGAAGGAGAAGAGAAAAAAACGAAGCGGGCGACAGGCUGCUGCUCUCGGCGUUGCCGCCGCCGCAGUCGCCUUUCCCGAGCAGGUCGAGCAGGACAGAACGGACCAAAUCCCCGGCCCACCUCAGCUCAGCGAGGGGCACAGCGUGUUGCAGGAACCGCAACCUGUGGUGACCAUCAGGAGCCCAAACGCAGAACCCAAGGAACUCAAGGUGGAGAAGCACUUCCCGUCGGUCAUCACCAGCACAGGAGUGUGUGUGGAGUACGAGAUCGGGGACCUGGUGUGGGCUAAAGUGGGAACGUUUCCAUGGUGGCCCUGCAUGGUCUCCUCAGACCCCCAGCUGAAGGUCCACAUUCGCAUUAACACCAGAGGUCACAGAGAGUACCACGUUCAGUUUUUCGGCAGUGUGGCGGAGCGGGCAUGGAUCCAUGAGAAAAGGAUUGUGGUUUAUAAGGGAGCGAGUCAGUUUGAGGAACUUCAGGCAGAAACACUUCGCAAAACCACCAACCCCACUGAGAGGCAGAAGCUGCUGAAGCCUCAGUCUCAGCGUGAGCGUGCUCAGUGGGAGGUGGGUGUCGGCCACGCGGAGUCGGCGCUGCUAAUGUCCCGCGAGGAACGCAACGAGAAUUACACCUUCAUCUAUAUCGACAAGCAGCCCGGCGACGAGCCCGAGCCUGUCUCCUCCCCCACCACCAAGACCAAAAAGCUGGCCCGGCCCGAGCGUCGCGCCCGCCGCUCCCGCAGCGCUAGGGAGGAAGUGCUGCCACGGCGACAACAGCCCCGCCGCCAGUGCAGCAUCACCAGCGCCGAGGAGCACAGCUCAUCCAAUCAGGCGGAUGCGGACGACUCGGACCACAGUCAUGAAGAUGAGCCUCCAAGUCCUGAAGAAAGCACACCAAGCCCCCGGGAGCCGUCGCCCCCGCCGGUCCGGACCCCCUGGAAGACUGCCGCCGCCCGCAAGCUCCUCCCACUCUCAAUCACCAUGAAGAAGCUCAAUGUGGAGAUCAUUAAAUGCGACUGGCAGCUGCCCAAAGUGAAGGUGGAGCCUUUGCCCAAGCAGGUGGAGGAAGAGGAGAGAACCAUGGUCCAAUCACCAGAGGGCUCGAGUGAUAAAGCGGAGGCGUGCUCCAGUGAAGAGGAGCGAGCAGCUUCACCCACAACCUGGAGCGACCCGGAGAGUGGAGAACACGCAUCUACAGAAACCAGUGAGAGGAAGUUGCAGCGACGGUGUGUACGGAGUCGCUCCGAGUCUGAGAAACACGUUGAACCCGUCCCAAAGAAGAAAGUGAAGAAAGAACAGGCGGAAACGGCACCUCAGAUAGACUUUAAGACGGGAUCUCAGAAAGGGGCGAGUGAAAUUUCGGACUCGUGUAAGCCACUGAAAAAGCGCAGCCGGGCCUCGACGGAUGUGGAGAUGGCCAGCUCUCUGUACCGAGACACGUCCGACUCCGACUCCAGAGGACUGAACGACCCGCAGGGGGGGUUUGGGAAGCGCUCAGACAGUCCUGCUACACUGGAUCCUGAUGGUUCUGACGCCCAGUCAGUCGACUCCAAUGUCUCUCGCCAGGGCAGCAGCUCCUCCAAGAAGGACUCGGUGUGCCAUGUGUGUGAGGUGUUUGGGGACUCCCUGCUGAGCUGUGAGGGAGACUGUAACAGACUGUUUCACCCCGAGUGUCUGACCUCCGCCGGCGGGACAGAGGGAGAGACCAUCUGCACCGAGUGCAGGACAGGUGUGCACCCGUGUUUCUGCUGUAAGGUAUCUGAGGGGGAUGUGAAGCGCUGCUCGGUGACGGGAUGUGGUCGGUAUUACCAUGAGACGUGUGCCCGUAAAUACCCGGGCAGCGCCGCCGAGCCACGCGGCCUGCGCUGCCCUCAGCACAGCUGUGCCACCUGCUGUCUGGAGAGAGACCUGCACAAGGCCAACAAAGGCCGGAUGAUGCGCUGUAUCCGCUGUCCCGUGGCGUAUCACACCGGAGACGGCUGCAUUGCGGCCGGCAGCGUGGCCAUCACCCCCCACAUCAUCAUCUGCAGCAACCACUCCAGUUCCCGCAGGAAUGGGCACCUCUGCUCGCCCGUAAACGUAGGCUGGUGUUUCAUAUGCGCCCGAGGGCUCUUAGUGCACGACCACACUGACACCGUAUUAAGUUCUUAUACCUUUAAGUCUCACUACCUUCUGACUGAGUCAAAUCGUGCUGAGUUGAUGAAAUUACCUAUGAUUCCUUCUUCUUCGUCAGCUACCAAAAAGAAUGUCGGAAAAGGAGGAAGACUGCUGUGUUGUGAAGCAUGCCCUGCCUCCUUCCACCCCUCCUGCCUGAACAUUGAGAUGCCGGAGGGGGUGUGGCUUUGCAGUGAGUGCAGGGCGGGCAAGAAACCCCACUACAAACAGAUCGUCUGGGUCAAACUGGGCAACUACAGGUGGUGGCCUGCUGAAAUCUGCAACCCUCGUCUGGUUCCGUCUAACAUCCAAAGUCUGAAACACGAUGUUGGAGACUUUCCUGUCUUCUUCUUCGGUUCUCACGACUACUACUGGAUCCACCAGGGCCGGGUGUUCCCGUAUGUGGAGAGCGACAAGAACUUUGCUGAGGGACAAGUCGGCAUUAACAAGACCUUUAAGAAGGCUCUUGAGGAGGCAGCGAAGAGGUUCCAGGAGCUGAAGGCUCAGCGUGAGACAAAAGAAGCUCUGGAACAGGAGAGGAACUCCCGCAGACCUCCACCAUACAAACUCAUUAAGGCCAAUAAGCCGGUUGGGAAGGUGCAGGUCCAUGUGGCCGAUCUGUCAGAAGUCCCUCGCUGUAACUGCAGGCCGACAGACGAGCGGCCGUGUGGGCAGGACUCGCAGUGUUUGAACCGCAUGCUGCAGUACGAGUGCCACCCCCAGGUGUGUCCGGCCGCCGAGCGCUGCCUCAACCAAAGCUUCUCCAAACGCGUCUACCCCGACACCGAGGUCAUCAAAACCAGCGGCCGAGGGUGGGGCCUCAAAACCAAACAGGACCUGAAGAAGGGAGAUUUUAUAAUGGAAUACGUCGGAGAGCUGAUUGACUUGGAAGAGUGUCGUCAGCGAAUAAGCCACGCAAACAAGAACCACAUAACCAACUUUUACAUGCUGACCCUCACCAAGGAUCGUGUGAUAGACGCUGGACCCAAAGGAAAUCUCUCUCGCUUCAUGAACCACAGCUGCAGCCCUAACUGUGAGACACAGAAGUGGACUGUGAACGGGGAUAUUCGCAUUGGCCUCUUCACACUAUGUGACAUCGCAGCGGAUACUGAGCUGACGUUUAACUAUAACCUGGAUUGUCUGGGGAACGGGAGGACGUCGUGCCACUGCGGGGCUGAAAACUGCAGCGGCUUCCUGGGAGUUCGGCCCAAGAGCGCGGUGGUGAUGGAGAGGGAAGAGAAGGUGAAGAACUCCAAGCUGAAGGCCAAGAAGCGUAAGCUGAAGCUGGAGAGCAGACAAACCCACGAGUAUUACUGCUUCUGCUGCGGCGAGGGCGGCGAGCUCGUCAUGUGCGACAGGAAGGACUGCCCUAAAGCCUAUCACCUGCUCUGCCUCAACCUCACCAAGCCUCCCUAUGGUCGCUGGGAGUGCCCGUGGCACCAGUGCAGUGUAUGCCAGCGCCCUGCCUCUGCUUCCUGCCAGUUCUGCCCCGAAUCGUUCUGCCGUGAACACGAGGCGGGUCAGCUGAAGGUCUCGGCCCAAGACGGCCUACCCUGCUGCUCGAAACACGACCCAGCCCAAACCGGCCAGGCCCGAGUGAAACAGGAGCCACCAGAGCCCGGAGAGGAGGAGGCGGAGGAGGAGGAAGAGGAGGAGUUAGAAUCGGGAGGCGGAGCUAAAGGUGGAGAUAAAGAGAAAGGGGGAGGAGGAAAGGGAGAGGACGUGCGCAAGUAACUGAGCAUGAGACUAAAAAACCAAACCCGGUGACUGGAGAUAAAAUGAAAGAAACAAAAAAAAAACAUACCCUCCAAGCAGCCAGGAGCCGCUGUGAUCGAUCAGAAAUCAAAUAGAUACAAGUGUUAUUUGUUAUCCAUUCCAGGUGUGCUGCGGCAGCUGGCGCUUUUUUGAGCCGUGACGUCACGGUUUUACGACAUAGCUUCUUUGGAAACAGCACGUUAUGGGUCGGCAGAUGGACACAGGAUGGGGGAUCAACUAAACGUCACUUUACCAAUGUUUUUUUUUUUCUUUCUUGGGCCGUAUGGGAAGCCUCGAGGCUUUUAAACCACGGCAGCUCGGUUUCAAUCCCGACACGGUACCUGCAUCACACUCCAGAACUCCAGACUCGAUUUUAUGUACCUCAUGUAAAUAGAAAGGAUUCCGCGUAGGACGAGACGCGUAGUUCCUCAUAAAAAAACGCAAGGAAGGAGUUCGCUGCAAAUUCCGAAGUCAGCUGACUGGGAGCGGUACUGUUUGACAAAGGAAGACAAAAACAGACCGGACUGGUUGUGGCUGAGGUUUGGUUACGUGCUGCCACUUCAUACCCGUGUGUUUGUGAUUUGUAAGAUAUAUAUCAUUAUUAAUAUAUUUAUGACUAUGUUUACAUCCACUCACAAGUGUACAGUAUUGUUCAUUGGUAUUAGUGAGUUUGAUAUAACUAUUCUUAAUGUUGUAAAUGUGCCCUUUUUGUCAGCGAAAUGAUGAUUAGCCUUCUUCAUCGCUUGGCCUUCUUCCUUUUUCUGUUGUUUUUGCGCCACUUUCUCUCUCUCUCACACUCUGUAUUUCUCUUUUCGUAAGAUAAUGUUCAGAAUUCACACCGCAUAUAUUACAAAUCAUGAUCUACAGUAAUGCUCAAACACGGCUAGCACUUGUUCACAUCUUUACACUUUACACUUUAUCUUCUUGCCUGAGAUACGAGGUUUCUUCAGUGUUAUUACCAGCUUUACCAGCGAAAAUGCGAAACCUCGUAACAAAUCAAAACUUAGUAACAUGGAAACCUCGAUCUGGCCAUCGCAGAUAAUAACCCGAACACUGCCAUCUUGCCAAAUUUCGCCGUCGUUAGUAUUGUGCCAAUAUGAGUAUCCCGUAGGAAAUGGUUUGUUUCAUUUGAGCACUGCUGUACGAUGUAAUUUACACAUUUAGCGCAGUAACGCGUUAAAUGUUGUGUUUCUUACGGACGUGUUUGUAAAUACGAUCUCUGUUUAGUUUAUUUUCGGUGGCGUUGUAAUCAUCUCUUGUAUCAUCAUGCAUAUUGUACAAUAGUGACGACAUUUUGUCGCUUUCAUGUUCGAAGCGUGCCGUACGUAAUUUCCCAGAGCUCAUUUUUUAGUCUCAAACGGUCAGUGUUUUUGUACCACAUUUUGUCUUAAUGACGUAAUGCAGAAAACUGUUGCUAAAGGAGAAAAGGGAGAUCUCUGAAAUCUUUGGACGUGACCUGGAUUUCGGAGUUGCGUGGUCUGCGGCAGAGUGUAGCAUAAACCUGGAUAACGUAAUUUCUACUUCUCGAUGUAAAUCUGAGUGAUAAUUAAAACCUCCAUAGCGGCGGCGGUGUUCCCCCUGCUCAGCGUAACGGUGUCGUGACUCCGCGCUCGGUAGAUCUGUGAUGUGCAGUACUGUGCUUGAGAACUCGUUCAUCUCUCUUUAGGCUGCGUUUACCAAACAGCAGUAGAAGCACUUCACUAAUUUCUGACUCAUUUCACCCUCGUCUCCUCCCAGGACUGUGUGCGGUACUGUGUGCGCUGUAUUCAUGCAACCCGAGCCUCAGUGUGACUUGUUUUUUUUUCUUUUCCUAAUCAUGUUACAAUUUUUUUUUCAGUAUUCCUCUUUAAACCCUCUUAUAAAUAAUCCGGGCCACAUUUAUUGUUCCCUAAAGAGGUUUUUAAUUAAUUAAGAAAAGCUGCUUUUAUUUACUUAAAAAUAGAGAUUUAUUAAUAAAAAAGGACUGUUUUAUUCUUUUAGUUUCCACAGAGAAUCUUAGUAUUACAGAUUAUCUUCACAUAAUAAAAAAAAGCUCAGUUUAAAACUCACUAUUUAAACUAUGUUAGAGUCAGCUCAGAAUUUGUGCCCAAUAUGCCAUACUAAAGAAGGUUUAAUUUUAACCAGAGGGGGCGACAAAAACACUUUUUAACCUGCAAUUAGAAAGCUAUUAUAAUGGUAUUAACAACUUUUAUAAAAUGAAUCAGCAACUGCUGUGCUGCUUAUGAUGUUUCAUUAAAACCUGAAAGGAAAAAUUGGCAAACAUACGUCAUUAAAUAUAUAACAUUUAUUUUUUAAAAAAGCACAGAAUUAUGCCAGAUUUGUGUCUGGUAUCUCCCACUGGGGCAGUUUUCUUGUUCACCAGAGGGGGCGACAAAAACACAAUUUAAUAGUUACAUUUUAUAAAAUAUAAAAUACAAAUAAAUGAAUUUUGCCAUUCUCCAAAUCUGCAAACCUUUUCAUUAUAAAUAUGAAUUUAAAUAAAAUUCGAAAAAUUAGCAAAAAAUCUAUUGAUUUAUACAGUUUUACCCAAAGCAUCUUAGUAUUACAGAUCGUGUUGACUGGUAAAGAGAGAGAGAGAGAGAGAGAGAGAGAGAGAAAGUGAGUGUUUAGUGUGAUGAUUGCUUAACCAUUUGUGCCCAGCAUGUCUUACUGUGGCAGUUCACCAGAGGGGGUGUCAAAUGCACCCUUUAAGUACAAUUAUCAAAUAUGAAAUACAAAGUUAAUUUUAGACAAUUUUGCCACUUUUCAAAACUGUAAACUUCCACAACACUAUUAAAAUGAUAAAAGUCUAAAUAAACUAGUAUUACUCCCAGAAGACCAUAGUGUGGUUCGAUAUCAGUUGUAGCCGCUUCCUCCUAAAAUUGGGCCAAGAACCCAUUUUUAUUAUUAUUAUUAUUAUUAUUAUUAUUAUUAUUAUAAUUAUUAAGAGUGGAAACGGUCCAGCUCUAAAGUUUAUCACACUGUGUUCAUCAAUGGGAGACAAACAUGUUGCCAGUUUUGAGUUUAUUUGAAUCACUUUUUCCUUGUUUUCUUCUUUUUUUUAUGUAUACAUCUGUUUAAUGUUGGAUGCAUGUCGGUGAAGUGUGCAUCCACAUUUCUGCCAAACCGAAGCUUUUAUUCACCAUGUAUUACUUUCUACCGUUAUCUGUGCGCUGUUUCUACCAUCCCAAUCUGCAUUUUGUUAUGUUUAAAAGGGGAACUCCACCAAAAUUAAAUUCCUAAAUAAUUCCGUUUCACAUGAACUUUGAAUUCAGAGUGGGGGUUUGAGAUUAUGUAUUUGUAACAGGUGAUUGUACAAUAGUGUAACAUCUGAACUUUUUUUUGGCUCACCACGCCUCAUGUUGUAUUCCUUCACCAUUUCAAUGAUAUGCAAUUUUAAAAACAAGUUUUAAAGCCAAAAUAUUCUUAGAACUCUGAGAAAGCAGUGUGUUGGGUAACAAGCAGUGUAUUUAUAACCAUUUACUGUAAUAACUUUCAAUGGGGACGGGGCUUAGAACUUAGACGUUAUAUCUGAUUAUCUAGAAUGAGGAGAUUAAUGAGCCACUGACUGCAAUAUGAAUAAGAUUUUUCUUGUAACCCUAUUCAUGGUGCCUGUUUAUGGAUAAAAUCCUGUCCUUUAUCAAAAGCAGCCAAUCAGCUUGCUGGUUGUGGCAAAAGCAGAGGAGAUCUGUGCAAGUGCAGCAGAAACACAUUUUAGUGCAUUUUUAAGUGAAACGCUACAAACUAAUCAUGAGGUUUUAUAAUAUUUGUAUCUGGGAUUUUAAAUAUGUUUUUGACCUUUAGUUUCCAGUAUUUUGACUGAGAAAACUGACUUUUGUAUAAGAAGUUUGCACCAAACCUACUCUGAAUGUUCAUAAUGUCAACCAUUUCAUUGUGGUGGAAUUUAGCAAUUUUAGUGGAGUUCCUCUUUAAAAAUGAAGCGCUGUUUAAGUCUCAUGCACUUUUCCUUUUUUUGUGUUCUGUUAUGUUGGCCUUAACAAUGAUUUUACUCUCAUGUACGAUAUUUGUAAACUUUUUUAUCAUCAUUUAGCACUUUCCUCCACUUUUUUUCUAAAGACCAAUGUGUUCUUCAUGUAUGUGUGUAUGUAUGUAUGUAUGUGAAUGAUGUGUAUGUGUGGUAACGGUUCGUCCGUGUGGGAGGAACGCUCAGAGGCGGCGGCAGAACGUUUCACCAUGUACGGUGGUGUCGUCGUUCGGUUGUGGUGCGUUCCUCUGGGAGAGAGUUCUGCUUUGGUAUCCCAGCAUGUAAUACUCCAACCUCUACAGGCUCCGCCCUGACUCGUCGCUGUUUAUUUCUUUAUUUUAUAUAUAUUUUUUGGACUGAUGCACAAUAAUGCCUUGUUUAUUUUCUGUUUUUUGCUUUUAUUUCAUGUUUAUUCCACAGUUAGUCGUAGUAUUUCUGAUAUUUCUGAAAUGCAGUUCUUUGUUACUCGUGCGGUGGCUCUCUUUUAUUGUUUCAUUAGAAUUAUAUACGAAAUGUCGUACAUUUCAGGAGCCCCUUUUUAUUUCUGCCAUAUCAGCUGUUUAACGUUUUGUAUACCUCCUUAAAGCUGUUCCGAGUGUUAGUGCACUGUACUUCAUCCUUUUUUAUAUGAAUAUGUGAUUUAAAGUGUCAUAAACAUCUUGUGCUUA